AUGGAUCUGGCUCUGGCGAAGGUUCAAGGAGAAAAUCGGUCACUCUGGUCUUCCUACGGCUACUAUAUCGGUAGGUCGGUUCGAAAUUCAGUAGCUCGGCCCAGCCUCUGUUUGGAUAUCGGAGUGCGGCGCGAAGCAAUAUUGGGCAACUACUCUUGCCGAUGCAAUAUACUUGCUAUAGUCGGUGGAGGCCCUGAUCCUCAGUACCCUCUCAACAAGGUAAUGAUUUGGGACGAUCAUCAGAGUCGGUGCAUCGGCGAAUUGUCGUUCCGAUCGGAGGUUCGCGAUGUUCGGCUCCGGCGGGACCGAAUUGCGGUUGUGCUGGAGCAGAAGAUCUUCGUUUACAAUUUUUCGGAUUUGAAGCUUUUGCACCAGAUUGAGACGAUUGCGAAUCCGAAGGGGCUUUGUGCGGUUUCGCAGGCUGGUGGAUCGCUUGUGUUGGUGUGUCCGGGGUUGCAGAAGGGGCAAGUUAGGGUUGAGCAUUACGCGUCGAAGCGGACCAAGUUUAUCAUGGCUCACGAUUCGAGGAUUCCUUGCUUUGCACUCACACCGGACGGUCAUUUGCUUGCGACUUGCAGCACUAAGGGGACUCUUGUGAGGAUUUUCAAUACGUUCGAUGGUUCGCUGCUGCAAGAGGUAUGCUGGGUUUGAUUUCUUUUGCUUUCUUGGUUGAGUUCGUAAUUGAAUUGAAGUAUUGCUUAAUUGUUGUUUCUCUCUUCA